CAGAAUAAAAAGAUACAUGUUGUCAUAUCACACAUAUAUUGUCUUUGUUCUCUCUCCACUUAGAUAGUGUUGAAUUUUUUCAUAUGAGUCUUGAGUUUUAUAUGUAUAUAUGCAGAUAGAGAUACAGAGAUGGGUUGUUUUCCUUGCUUUGGAGACUCAAAUAAACGAUCAAACAAAAAGAUUAACACCACCCACAAUCAACAUAAUGAUCAAGCUGAUGAUGAUGCUCGCCACUCAGAAAUAGUGAAAACAACACCAAAAGAAACUCAGAAGAAAGAAGAGUCCAAGAAUGCUGUUGUUGUUCAGCAGUUGGAAACAGACCAAAGCUUUGGUGGGCAUGGAGAAAUGGAGGAGAUUAAGGCAAAACCAUUCACCUUUGAUGAGAUGGAGUACGCCACAGAAAAUUUUAAGCCAGAUCACUUUCUUGGCGAGGGUGGGUUUGGCAAAGUUUUUAAAGGAAAACUAAGGGAUACAAGCCAGGUUGUUGCUAUCAAGAGACUAGACCGUAAUGGAACACAAGGCAUUAGGGAAUUUGUUGUCGAAGUGAUGACUUUAGGCCUAGUUGAUCACCCUAAUCUUGUAAAGCUAAUCGGUUUUUGUGCUGAGGGUGAUCAAAGGCUGUUGGUUUAUGAGUUCAUGCCAUUAGGUUCUUUGGAGGACCAUUUGCAUGAUCCUAGUCGGAAAAGUCUCGACUGGAACACAAGAAUGAAAAUAGCUGCUGGUGCAGCGAGAGGAUUAGAAUAUUUACAUGAUAAGAUGAAUCCUCCUGUAAUUUAUCGUGAUUUGAAAUGCUCUAAUAUUCUUCUCGGGGAGGACUAUCACCCUAAGCUAUCUGAUUUUGGUUUGGCUAAAGUGGGACCUACCGGUGACAAUACCCACGUUUCUACUAGAGUGAUGGGGACUUAUGGUUAUUGUGCUCCAGAUUAUGCAAUGACCGGCCAAUUGACCUUUAAAUCUGAUAUCUAUAGCUUUGGGGUGGUUCUGCUGGAAAUCAUAACUGGUCGGAAAGCAAUCGAUAAUACAAAGAGUGCCAAGGAGCAAAAUUUAGUUGCAUGGGCACGCCCACUAUUUAAGGAUCGAAAGAAGUUUCACCAGAUGGUAGAUCCACUUCUCCAAGGUCAUUAUCCAGUAAGAGGGCUAUAUCAAGCUCUUGCAAUUUCUGCGAUGUGUGUUCAGGAGGAACCUUCAAUGCGUCCCCUUGUAGCUGAUGUGGUUACGGCUUUGACCUACCUUGCUUCACAAAUAUAUGAUCCUCAAAUUCACCCUGUUCAGAACUGCUGAAAGUCUCCGUCCUCUCAUAGGCCUAAAGUGAAUGACAACGUAGAAAAUCUUAGUUACAAUAGUCAACAGUAGAAAACUAUGACGGGCGAUAAGUUAGAACUAGCAAUCAAGUACAUCAGGUACUUUUGCCUGAUUAUCAAUUUUGGAUUUCAUCGUGAUGACAGGUGCUUUGCUGUGGAACUUAUUAAUUUUGAUGGAUGUCAUCUGUCAGAGAGCAGUUCUACCUCUCCUUGUAAAUUUAAGUGGAUGAAUAUAUGUUAGUUAAAUUGUAGCUUAUAUAUUUAUAUGAGUUUCUGCAA